CAUUUUCUAUGUACUGAACAAAAAAAAGUUGCACACCCGCGGAUGGAUUAAAAAAAAACUUCCAGAAACAAACUUGUCCUGCGAAAGACAAAUUCUACGUAAAACACACAAUACUGAAAAACGAGAAUAUACAAGAAACAAAACCGAACGUAGUGUAUCCGUAAAUAAAAUCCUCACCAGGCAUCGCAAAGUUUUGUUUACAAAUUAUAACCUUCUAACUUUUUUGCUGUUUAUACUUAUACAUUGCCCUGACAUGAAAUUUCCUAUGAAACGUUUGAAAAAUUGCAAGUCAAACGUUUAUUAGUUAUAAAAUUUGGACUUUUGGAACAAUCUCGUAACUACAGACCGUCGUGAUGAGUUUUUAUUAGCAACUCAAUAGAAAACCGGUCUAAACGUUACCGUAUAACAAGUCAGCCGCUCCUGUCAUUUUAUACAAUGGUCUGUGAAAAGUGCGAAAAGAAACUGGGAAAGGUGAUAACGCCGGAUCCUUGGAAGUCGGGGGCGAGGAACACAGUGGAGAGCGGAGGGAGAAAAGUUGGCGAGAACAAGGCAAUAACGGCCAACAAGGCGAGGUUCAACCCAUACACGACAAAGUUUGAAGCAUGCAGGAUUUGCCGGCAGAAGGUGCAUCAGGUGGGCUCAAGGUAUUGCCAGCCUUGUGCAUACAAAAAGGGUAUAUGCGCUAUGUGUGGAAAGAAGCUUUUAGACACUAAAAGCUAUAAGCAGUCAUCCGCUUGAUACUACCUUCAAUGCCAACUGUCUUAUUGUAAAAUAGCAAACCAAAACUUGUAAAUAUAUGAAUUUUAUGUAAAGUAA